AGAAGGUGAACCAGAUGAUGACGGCUGAGUUAAUGAAUAUUACUUCUAUAUAAGGUCACGGGAUCUCAUUUCUGAUAUUCCUUUCCUACCGACAAAUUAAGCAGUCCUAAAACUCAAAAAAAUAAUAAAUAUUAUCUCUAAGUUGACAGUAAGAAAGUUAAUAACGAUGAUACUGCUACUGUCCGCUGUUGGUGGUGCAACUCUAAAAUUAAUAAACGGAAAUCAAACACAUUAUUGGUGACAACCUCACGGGUCAUAUUAACUAUUUGUCCGUAUGCAAUGCAAUACGUAUAUUUCUUGUAUGAUGAUAAUAUUUUGUACAUAUACUAUAUUUUGUAUAUAAGCAUAUACAUAAUAAUAUACGUGUAUAUAUAAUAAACCCAUCAAGAACCAACAAAUAGUCUUAUCAUACUCUACGUUUUGUUUCCACUCUGUUUCUUCUUUUUUCAUAUUUAAUUUCUGUGAAGAUGGGGAAUUGCUCUCAAAGAGCAGCUUCCGACGCUGGUGGCUCUUCAAUCAUGGAAGAAUAUUACAGAAGUCGGAGUUGCAGGUCGUUGCCGCCAAUAAAGGAGGAGGAAACUCUAGGGUACCUUGUUAGACAAGGUACACUAAGCCCUAGAAGAGUUGGCGCGACAAUUCAAGUGUCACCGCAAAGAAGAAACGGAGUUUGGAAAGCGAAGGUGGUGAUCGGAAGUAAACAGCUGGGAGAAAUUCUUGCAGUUGAAGGCAAUACACAUGCCUUGAUUGAUCAACUUCGGAUUGCCGCUGCAGAGGCUUCAGCGUCGGAGAUAGUCGGAGGUAGAAACUUAUCAUCCCGAAAAAGCAAAGAGAGUUAUUUCUGUUAGGUUUGAUGACGGCACGCUGUUAUUUUGUUUGUUUAUGUUCUACUUUGUAUAUCAAUUGGAGGCAAAAGUGUAUAUCGUACAAAAGGUUGAGAAUAAAUGUACCGAUUCUAUACUUUACUGACCG